AUGGAGGCCGCGCCCGGGACACCCCCCCCCCCCCCGCCGCCGCCAUCAGAGUCGCCGCCGCCGCCAUCGCCGCCGCCGCCAUCAACGCCUUCUCCUCCUCCGUGUUCCCCCGACGGCCGCGCGGCCACCCCGCACCUCCUCCACCACCGCCUCCCGCUCCCUGACGACAGGGAGGAUGGUGAGUUGGAAGAAGGUGAACUGGAAGAUGAUGGGGCUGAGGAGACCCAGGAUGCCCCUGGGGGACAAGAGAGGAGUCGGAAAGAAAAGGGGGAGAAGCACCACAGCGACUCGGAUGAGGAAAAGUCUCACAGGAGACUGAAACGGAAGCGGAAGAAGGAACGGGAGAAGGAGAAGAGGAGGUCGAAGAAAAGGCGGAAAUCCAAGCACAAACGCCAUGCUUCUUCCAGUGAUGAUUUCUCGGACUUCUCAGAUGACUCAGAUUUCAGCCCCAGUGAGAAGGGUCACUGCAAGUACCAGGACUAUAGCCCACCAUACGCACCGUCCCACCAGCAGUACUCCUCGUCACACAAUGCGCUCCUGCCCAAGAAGUCCUACUCCAAGAUGGAUAGCAAGGGCUACAGCAUGUACGAGGACUAUGAGAAUGAGCAGUAUGGGGAGUAUGAGGGGGAUGAAGAGGAGGACAUGGGCAAGGAAGACUAUGAUGACUUCACUAAAGAGCUGAACCAGUACCGCCGUGCCAAGGAGGGCAGCAGCCGGGGCCGAGGUAGCCGAGGCCGGGGCAGGGGCUACAGGGGCCGUGGAAGCCGAGGAGGAUCUCGAGGCCGAGGAAUGGGCAGGGGCAGUCGAGGCCGGGGCAGAGGCUCUGUGGGAGAGCACCUGGAGGAUGAAGAGGACUUUUACGAGGAGGAGAUGGAAUAUGGAGAAAGCGAGGAGCCCAUGGGAGAUGAUGAUUACGAUGACUACUCCAAGGAGCUGAACCAGUACCGAAGGUCCAAAGACAGCCAAGGCCGAGGCUUAAGUCGAGGCCGAGGCCGGGGUUCCCGAGGAGGUCGAGGGAAGGGGAUGGGCCGUGGCCGAGGUCGAGGCAGCAGAGGGGGAAUGAGCAAGGGCGGGAUGAAUGACGAUGAAGACUACUAUGAUGAUGACAUGGGCGAUGGCGGUGGUGUAAGCUACCGGCGAAGUGAUCAUGACAAGCCCCACCAGCAGUCUGACAAGAAGGGCAAAGUUAUCUGCAAGUACUUCGUGGUGGGGCGAUGUACUUGGGGAGACCACUGCAAUUUUAGCCAUGACAUCGAACUGCCAAAGAAGCGGGAGCUGUGCAAGUUUUACAUCACAGGGUUCUGUGCUCGGGCUGAGAACUGCCCCUACAUGCAUGGUGACUUUCCCUGUAAGUUAUACCACACCACUGGGAACUGCAUCAAUGGUGACGACUGCAUGUUCUCUCAUGACCCGCUGACUGAGGAGACACGAGAGCUUUUAGAUAAGAUGUUGGCUGAUGAUGCAGAAGCAGGUGCUGAGGACGAGAAGGAGGUGGAAGAGCUGAAGAAGCAGGGCAUUAACCCCUUGCCCAAGCCACCUCCUGGCGUGGGGCUCCUGCCCACUCCUCCACGGCCCCCAGGGCCCCCAGCUCCCACCUCUCCUAAUGGCAGGCCCAUGCAGGGUGGCCCUCCUCCACCACCUCCACCCCCACCCCCACCUCCAGGGCCUCCUCAAAUGCCCCUGCCAGCACAUGAGCCACUGUCCCCGCAGCAGCUACAGCAGGACAUGUACAACAAGAAGAUCCCCUCUUUGUUUGAGAUUGUGGUGCGGCCCACAGGGCAGCUAGCUGAGAAGCUGGGCGUGAGGUUCCCUGGACCUGGUGGACCCUCAGGGCCAAUGGGUCCUGGCCCUAACAUGGGACCCCCAGGGCCAAUGGGGGGUCCCAUGCAUCCUGAUAUGCAUUCUGACAUGCAUCCUGACAUGCAUCCUGACAUGCAUCCUGACAUGCACCCUGACAUGCACCCUGACAUGCAUCCUGACAUGCAUCCUGACAUGCCAAUGGGUCCUGGCAUGAACCCUGGUCCUCCCAUGGGUCCUGGUGGCCCCCCAAUGAUGCCCUAUGGUCCUGGAGACUCCCCACACUCGGGAAUGAUGCCUCCCAUCCCACCAGCCCAGAACUUCUAUGAGAACUUCUACCCACAGCAAGAAGGCAUGGAAAUGGAGCCAGGGCUCGUUGGGGAUGCAGGUGACACCGGAAACUGGUACUCCAGUGACAAGGAUGAGGGGGGAAGCAGUGUCACAUCUAUCCUCAAGACCUUGAGGCAGCAGACAUCAAGCCGACCUCAAGCUUCAGCUGGGGAACCAAGCAGCAGUGGGCUGGGGGAUCCCCGCUUGCAGAAGGGACACCCCACAGGAGGCCGGCUGGCUGACCCCAGACUCAGCCGUGACCCCAGACUCAGCCGCCAUGCAGAGACUUCAGGAGGGACUGGCCCAGGGGACUCAGGGCCCUCUGACCCUCGGUUGGCUCGUACCCUGCCCACCUCCAAGACUGAAGGCAGCCUUCAUUCCAGCCCUGCGGGCCCCAGCAGUUCAAAAGGACAGAGCACUGCAGAAGAAGAGGAAGGGGAGCGGGCGUUGCGCGAGAAGGCAGUGAACAUUCCCCUGGAGCCCCUGCCUGGGCACCCACUGCGGGACCCUCGCUCUCAGCUGCAGCAGUUCAGCCACAUUAAGAAAGAUGUGACCCUGAGCAAGCCAAGCUUUGCCCGCACUGUGCUCUGGAACCCCGAGGACCUGAUUCCCCUGCCCAUCCCCAAGCAGGACGUGCCCCCGGUCCCUGCUGCCUUGCAGUCCCUGCCUGCCCUAGAUCCCAGGCUGCACCGCUCCACACCCCCUGGGCCUCCCAACACCCGGCAGUGUCCAGGCUCCACAGAUCCCAGCACAUCUGGCUCUAACCUACCUGACUUUGAACUUCUGUCCCGAAUCCUUAAGACUGUCAACGUCAACACCCCUGGCCAGAGUGACAAACCCAGCGACCCCAGGGUGCGGAAGACCCCUACUGACCCCAGAUUACAGAAGUCAGCAGAUCCUGCAUCAACAUCCCGUGCAACUAAGCCCUGUUCCACCGAAGCAUCACCUCCUGCUGCCAGCCCAAGUGGAGACUCAUCCCCACCAGCCACGGCUCCCUAUGACCCCCGAGUGCUAGCCGCUGGUGGCCUGGGCCAGGGCAGCAGCAGCGGGCAGAGCAGUGUGCUGAGUGGCAUCAGCUUGUAUGACCCAAGGACUCCCAAUGCAGGUGGCAAAGCUGCAGAGCCAGCCUCCGACAUGAGUGCUCAGCCCAAGGGUCCUGAGGGCAACGGCAAGAGCUCAGCCUCCAAGGCAAAAGAGCCCCCGUUUGUCCGCAAGUCUGCCCUGGAGCAGCCAGAGACAGGGAAGGUCAGCGCAGAUGGGGCCACAGCCACGGACAGAUACAACAGCUACAACCAGCCCCGGCCCAAGGCCACUGCAGCACCUACUGCUGCCUCAUCCACCCCGCCCCCUGAGGGGGCCACACCCCAACCUGGAGUGCACAACCUGCCAGUGCCCACCCUCUUUGGGACUGUGAAGCCUGCCCCCAAAACAGGCACAGGAAGCCCAUUUGCUGGCAACAGCCCUGCUCGUGAGGGUGAGCAGGAUGCAGGGUCCCUGAAGGACGUUUUUAAAGGCUUUGACCCCACAGCCUCCCCCUUUUGCCAGUAGUAUUUGUUGGGGCCAAUGCUCCCUCCACUCCACCACCCUUCCAGGGUGACAUUUAAGGGCAGCAACCAGAGUUACGGGUGGGGGACAGGCAGGGUGUUCUUAACAUUUUUCUUCCUUUUCUUCCUUUUUAAGUAGUACUUUCUUUGAGUCAUACAUUGUAUCUAACCGUCUUGGGUUCUGGUCAGUGCUACAGGCUCCUUGGCUCGCUCUGCCUAAUGAGCAACUUGUGCCCUGCGUUGGACAGUGGCAAGUCCCCAGCCUGGGGCUUUCCCGGAACUAAGGGAAGCCUGAGUGUCUGGGAAGGCACUGAAAGCCACUCACCCCGUGCUGCUGGGAGAUGGACUAAAGCACAGUUGGUGGAAGCUGGUGCAGGAGUUCUAAAGCCCCAGGGUGAGCUGGCCUCUCUUCAGCGUGCAACCUGUGACAGCCUGCUUCAGGACAGAGCAACAGAGAAGUGAGAAAAUGUCCAGAGGAGAAAAAGGUCCUGGUCCUGGUCCUAACCUGCUCGGGCCUGUGCAUCUCACAUCCUCCGUCCAGGGUUUGUCCUGAAAGUGAUACCCUCUAGCCCUCCAGGAGACUCUGGGUGAGACAGACCUGCAGCCUGUAGGCCUGAGAGGGGUGGGGCAGCCCCUCAGAGCAUUCUCCCUCAGUAUUACCUGUCCAGUGCCACUGGCCUGACCCUCAAGACAGCUCAAGGAUCCGUGGUGUCGCCACUUGCCAGACUCCCAUGGAGGGAGGCCAAGGGUGGUCCUGGCAAAGUGUGUCUGCUAGCUGCUUUCAUGCGCCUUAGCCGUGUUCCCUGUAGAGUACCAGAAAGUGUUUGCUUUUCCCUCCCAAGCCGACCGAAGCAGGGCAUCAGCUGUCUGUUGCGGUGUUGGAUUAGUGGGUGCUUUCCAAAAGGGGGCCUGAGGAAACAGUAGAGUCUGGGGCCAAAGUGGUGUGUUGGUCCUUUCUAGGAAAGGAAACUUGGGGUGGGGAGGCCUAAGGCACCUGCCAGAUC